AUGAUUGCUCAACGGAAUCGUGAAUGCGGCCAGAUUAACUCUUCUGGUACUCCUCCUCAGCAACAUACGCCGAUGAGUCCACAAGUGAAUGUCCCUUCGCCACAUUUUGAGCCAUAUCGAGUACCUGCAUCAUUGCACAGUGUUCAAGCAGCAAACUGUCAACCAUCCGGAGAAUAUCAGUUGCGAAAAGUUAGCAGUGAACCGAAUUUGAAAAUGCGAAUCCGUGCAAAGUUGCUUAGCAAAGGUUCGAGUCCUGUUCAAAAUCAGAACAGUGCAAACUUCACGCAUCCUCAGUUGAAACGAAGUGAGAGCGAAACGUCAGGAAACGGUGCUGGAGGUGGAAACCUGGAUAUGGACACUCUGCUAUCAAAUGCCGCUACGACGUUCCCUCCUCAUCUUAUCAUGCCCUCUCCUAGUCUACCAAAUCUUUCUGCCUCUAGCCUUGCACAACCUCCACAGCUGCCUAUCGACAUGGCAUCCUUAAUGGCGGCUGCACAACUGACACCAUUCCUAAGCUUGCCAAGUCUCCUUAAGACUCAAAUAGGACUUGGGAGUGGUUUGCUAGAUGAGGACGUAACGAACCGAGCAAAACUAACUCCAGGCGUAACCAGUCUUAGCGCACUUUCACAGCAAUUGCCUGUUGGUGGAUAUCCUUCACUGCUUAAGCAGCAGCUUAGGGAACUAGUUCUUAGGAGGAAAAGUCUUGUCCGCGAGGAACCAGAGGAUGACGACUCGCUCAGUGCUCAAGGCGUUUCUUCUUCUGGGCAACUACCAACAUCUCUUGGAAUGAGUGAGAUGUCUAGUGGCAAAGCCACUGGUCUCGCGUAUGACUCUAGUAUGGCUCGACAUGAGUGCGUGUGUGGUGAAAGCAGUUCACAUGUGGAACAUGGUGGACGAGUGCAAAGUAUUUGGGCACGAUUGUUGGAGCGAGGAUUAGUGCAGAGAUGCGAGAGAAUAGCAGCGAAAAAAGCUUCGCUCGAACAUCUUCGAAUGGUUCAUUCACCAACUUAUGUGACUUUUUUUGCCGUUUCACCAACGGCGUGCCUGAAAAUGGAAGCAUCACAACUGCCCCUCAAAAGUUUUGUUCAGUUGCCAUGUGGUGGAAUUGGAAUCGACUCUGAUACGUAUUUCAAUGAUGCGACUACCCAGACAGCUGCACGAGUUGCAGCUGGUUCACUAAUCGAAUUAGCUUCUCAGGUAGCAGAGAAUCGUUUACGAAAUGGUUUCGCUUGUAUCCGACCACCUGGUCAUCACUCUGAGAGGGAUCAGGCAAUGGGAUUCUGCUUCUUCAAUAAUGUGGCUAUCACGGCACGUUACCUACAGAAUAAAUACCCACAACAAUGUGCAAGAAUCGCCAUUAUUGAUUGGGAUGUGCACCAUGGCAACGGAACUCAACUUUGCUUUGAGGAAGAUCCUAGUGUUUUAUAUUUGUCUCUACAUCGUCACGAUAAUGGCAAUUUUUUUCCUGGAACUGGCGCAGUAACAGAAGUCGGCCGGGGCGCUGGAAAGGGCUACUCUGUAAAUGUGCCAUUCUCUGGUGGGGUGAUGGGAGACGCGGAUUAUCUAGCCGCUUGGCGAGUUAUUGUCCAACCAGUUUUGGAGCAGUUCCAGCCGACUUUCAUUCUCGUUUCUGCUGGUUUUGAUGCCUGCAGGGGUCAUCCGAGCACUCUAGGCGGAUAUAAAAUUUCGGCCGAGAUGUUUGGUUUCAUGACUCGUCAACUUAUGGCGUACGCCGGCGGACGAGUGGUACUAGCUCUGGAAGGUGGCUACGAUCUAGCUAGUAUUUCAGAUGCUGCCGAAGAAUGUGUCAAGGUACUUUGUGGAGAUGAUGAUAAAGCGGGUAUUCUGAAGAACGAAGCAUUAGAAGGCAUUCCGUGUCUUAGUGCUCAAGAAACAAUACAGAAGGUAAUUGCUAUUCAUAAAGGAUAUUGGCCAAAUCUAACAGCUGAACAGGGUUUGUCAGUCAGCGAACUUCAUUGGCAAACUGUUGGUAGACAAUUUCAGAAGCUCACUAUGGGAACUGUUUAG